AUGAAACGUAUGAACGUUAGAUGCAUGUUGAAAUUUCAAGCGGCAUUGUAAUGGGAUUUGAAAGUUAAAUUGGCACAGUGUUGGCUUUAAAAACAAAUUGGAAUAUGGAAGAAUUUCCACUCGGUUACCGAGAAGUCGUGCCUGAUCAAACAGUACCGGAGAAAUGGAAUGAAAUUAAAUUGAACCCAGGAGGAAGUCAAAGUACAUUACAAGAUAUUAAAGUGCCAGAAAGAGCCGGCGGUUAUUCGUAUAAAGAUUGUUCAAAGUAUUACACUAGAAAUCGAUUUAUUUAUUGGCGUAUAUCCCAUGAUGUGCUUGAGCUGGUAGAACAUAGUUUAGACAUUAAUUUGUCCAAUUGUAGAGUAAGAUACAAGUUCACAGAUACACCAAUUUUGGAUGGCGUUUCAAUACACGAAACAGAUAACUCAGUUAUCAUAUUGAUAGUAACUGUUUCUAGUAUACACAAACUAUCGUUUCCUCAUCCUGAGAGGAUCUAUAAGAAUGAGCUAAGUACAUACAAGGAUCUAGGUGUACAAUCAAUAUUCAGUGAAACAUUUCAAAAUGUGAAGAUUACGAAAGAGAAUCCUCAUAUGUUUCAUGUCAUUGCAAAUGCAGGAAUUACGAAUUCUCCAGUGCCUCAUGCAGCCGCUUCUUGGGUUGUACCACCUCGUGAAGCAUUGUUUGCUCUUGCUUACAAUUCUGGAACUAUACUCCUCUUAAGGCUAGACGUAGUAACUGGUGCAGUGCAUACCAGUGAAUUGAAGGAGGAUUCGAUAGUUCCAAGGUUUCUCAGUGGUAUAGCAACAGCUUUCAGGGGUAGAAGUUCUGAAGCUUACGUGGCUAUGUCCUUGGUAAUACAUAGUUGCGGAAAUGAUACGUAUUUGUUCGCUUUGUGCCGCGAAGGGAAUAUUCGAAUGUGGUCCUGCAAUAAAGCUCAAUGCGUGGCCGUAACAGACGCGACAAUUGAUAAUCGAAUAGCAUCUCAAGGAGCGCAGGGCCAUCUGUUGAGAAAAACAUUGGGGCCUGAUAAUGAAUUGUAUUUAGGGACAUUUUUAAAAUUUAGCACCAGAUGCGAAUUUAGCAUUUUGAAACCUGUACAAGAUAAUGGUGUAUUUAAAUUCGUGAGGCUGUGUACAAGAUUUGCACAAGAUCAACAUUUAGUUGACUUUUCGUUCACAACUACACGAUUAUGGGCGGUAUGGAGGACCACUGACAUGGACACCGUCGAAGUAACGCACGCACAAUUAUCCCUGAAUGGUGCACGCGUUAAUUCCGAGUGGGAAACAACGGUCUUGGAGCAAACACCGGACAGAGAAUAUAUUCUGAACGAUCCCGAUACCAAUCCAAGACGGGCAUAUCUUAAUUACAUUUUCCAUCCUGGACAGUUCUCUUUGGUUGACAUCACGAAAGCAUUGAAUAUUUACAGUAGAUCUAAAAAGAAUAUUCAGUCAUAUGGAAGAUCCAAGAGAGCUACCCACGGUAGAUACACGGAGGAUGGCGCUCUCUCCGCUGCAGAAUUAAAGGAUCGUGUCUGUAUCGCGGUCGAAGACGAGAUACAAGUCGAAGUGAUGGAUUACGAACUUAUGGACGAGGAUUAUUUAGAGAUUGCGAAUCGUUGUUGGUCGAGAUUUUACUCCUGUGUUAUACAAUACCACGCCAACAGCACUAGACCCGUGGGAUUGUUAUUACUACCGAGCGUUUACGGAAUAGUUCUACUUAAAAAAUCGUCAUUUUCACUAUUACGACCAAUGGAAGCUUUGGAAUAUUUAAUGUUCUGCAACGAAAAGUCGUGUGUGCCUCGAUUCAGGACCACGCCUGUGUUAUCACAAGACGAAGAUAUAUGUCAAGAUCUCAUUAUAUUAAUGUCUGUGGUAGUGUUACUGGAGGAGCAAUUGUCCGACGAAAUCAAAAAUAUGAUAAAAAAAGAAUUAUUUCAUUUAAAAAAUCCGGAUACCAUUAUCGACGAUUUGUUGUCGAAGUUCAUGCUUGAAUCUGAAGAACCUAUUAGUAAUAUCAUUACGAGUCAUCCUAGUUGCCAUAGAUUAUCGAAUAUUAGAGAUCUGUCCAGUGCUAUGGCAAUGUUAUUAGAAGCACUGACGUAUGAAGUUGGCCAGCCGCACAAAUUACCAUUCAACGAGGAUCACGACGCUUCGAAAAUGUUGCUCAACAUAAAUCACUUGUUUGGUAGUCAGUUAGGAAUCUCGGCAAUAUCGAUAAGCGUGGCACAAAUAACGCACUUAAGGUUUUCCAUCUGCCGGAAUCUGUUGAUUUUGCAACAGAUGAUACUAUCGCGACCAGAGUUGUUUGAUUCACGAUCGUUGCACUGCAUAAAAUCGUCGUUAGCCCCCAGAACAGUGGUGUUGACACAGGCUUAUUAUGUUGUUACAUGGAUAUGCGAAACCACUGCAUUACCAACGCCUACGCAGUCACUACUAGGUUCCAGCAUUCAACGUUUAGCGUUGCUGAAACUCGUCGAUUCAAGGUCAAACCUGAGUUUCAGACAGCAUCGGCCUUUAUCGUUGCUUGAAUUAUUCAUACAGAGUAGUGGUGGAAAACAUGCUCAUACGUUAAUAGCUCAUACAAACAUGGAUGCAUCUACCUUAAUACCAUGGCAUUACGGGAUGCUGACCCAUGUCACACUCAUCGCACAACUUAUAUGGCCAAGGUCAGGAAAUUUUAUUUUCCCAGAGUGGCUGUUAUCCAGUUGUCAAUUUUUACUCGUACAGGAGUAUGUUAGACUUUUGAACACAUGGUGCGAGUGGAAUAGCGCGUCGAGGAAAUUUAUAUUAGCUGUCGCGUUACUGGAAAUGGGAGAAGCACAAAAAGCUUGCGAUCACUUUCUCCGAGCCUCUGGGGGAAUUUUAACCGACGAAUUCCUGGCUGAUGCUUUACUCGAGUCCAGUGUAUUAUCCGAAAACAAUUCGUUGAUUCAGUAUUACUUGAAAGUUAUUAAACUUUUCGAAGAACAUAAUGCUGCUGAUUGCGUCGUCGAGCUCGCUGAGACAGCUAUACUAAUGGCUGACAGAGACGAUCCUAAUUUGCCAACGCUUCAUUCCAUAGUGUUCACUCAGCAUUUGAGUUUGGGUCAUCACAAAAAAGCGUACAACUGUUUAAACUCAAAUCCAGAUGCUGCGCGCAAAGUGGACUGUCUGAGACAGUUAGUUGUGACUCUGUUCGAGAGGAAAAAACUGAUAGAUUUAAUUUCUUUCCCUUAUGUGGACAUGUACGAAGAUCUAGAAAGAAUAGUAGAAGGUAGAGCAAGAAGCGUGGAUCUGAUGGAGAAUAAUUACUAUAAUUUUUUGUAUAGUUUUCACAUAAACAAAGGAAAUAUGCGUAAAGCUGCUUCUGUGAUGUAUGAGCAAGCUAUGCGUUUGAGUCAAGAAUCGCAGUCUGUUCUGAUUGUAUCGAGGCAAGCUCAAUGUUUAUUAGCAUGUAUUAACGCGUUACACCUUGUGUCCGAUAAGUACAGAUGGAUUGUUAGACCUGUGAUCGAUCAGAACUUUCCAGAGGAUCUGAUUCAUCAGAAUUUACAGACAAGAGGAAGUAGGGGCAACGAAGAAGUUUCUCCUUAUAAAUUAAGAAAGCAAGUUGAAGUUCUUGAAUUGGAUGACAUCAAGAAAGAAUAUUAUGUGGUGGACGCCAGAUUGAAAAUAUCAAAAAUUAAUUCGGAAUUGCACGUGAUCGCGCAUGCUGGUCCCUCGGAACUUAUCAUUAUUUUAUCGACUAUCGGUUUAUACACGACAGCGUUGCAUUUGUGCGAUGAAUUCAAAAUUAAUAAAGAUUCUGUAUUCGAAAGUCUAACCUCACAGUGUAUUCGGUUAAGUCGAGGAGAAGAUCCGAAUGCCUGGGAUUGGCUCAUCCAAAAUGACAUAUUCGACAUCGGUCUCUCUAAUACAAAUAUUACAAACACUGCCUGGAGAUUAUUAGAAUAUCUAACAUUAAAGCACGAAACAAACAGAUGCAGUGAGUUGCAUAAAGCAGUUUCCAGAAAAAUACUUCAAGAAGGCGCAUUUAUACCACAAUGGUUAUUGGCUUCGUACAAGAAACGAAACGCUGCAGAAAUGCUUCGUCUCAUUCUGAACAGUGGUAGAAUAGCGGAAGCCAGUGAUUUAGCUGUGGAAUAUAUUAAUGCAGUCUUGGGGGAUGGUAAAGAACAUUUCGGUCUCGAAACGUUUUUAACCUCUGUGGCUCCACCAGUUUGGUUGCCGUUUAAUACAUUGGAAGUACUGUUGUAUGAACUAGAAAAUGCCAGCAAAGAGAAUACAAUUUUCACCGAGCCGUAUCAGAAACUACGAGACGCAUUAGACGUAUAUGAGCGGAAAGUGACGAUCGUAUCGCAGGAUAUGAUUCAACAGAAAUUAAACAACAAGAACUGA